CUCGUUGCCAUGUGACGGACAUCGAGCGGCCAAGCUGAACAUAGACACAUGGUAAUCGAUACUUUACGAGAUUUUUGCCACUGACAGAUGUAUCAGUCAGGGCGAUUGUGGGCCUAAAGAGACGGUCUUUAUUUAGUCCAUCGUUGCAGGAACCACAUUAAACAAGUAGAAUGGCAGAGAAGAAAUACAAAGGAGCUCCCUUCGGGACACAAACAGCAAGGUUUGAUGUGUCUGCUGUCCAUCCUAAGAAUAAGAUGCCUGGUACUUUCACUCAGACACCAUACUGCAGAGUGUCCAUGGAAUCAUUGAACAGGACAAGAGGGCCUGGGAAAUAUGCUGUUGAAGUUGGUGGUUUCUCACCCAAGUCUGUGGAGGAGAGAGCAUCUGGUCCUGGCUGGGCAAGGCAGUAUGAAGUACAAAGAAUGGCUGCAAUGCCACAUCUACUGCAUAAAGAACAGUGGGAACUAAAAAGACUUUUGAAAAGAAAACUUGCCCCAGGAACAUACAAUAUCAAAGACUUUUUGGAAACAUCAGAUGAAAGACCAAGAAGUAUUUAUGGCAUUUGUGCAACGAAAGAACCAAGAUUUAGAAAUACUGUCACUAAUGCUACCCCUGGUCCUGGCACAUAUGGUAUUGGGGGAGUUCCACAUGCAGCCUUAGAACAGAAGGAAAUGGCAUCCACAAGUACAGUAGGAAUGCUGGAUGCUGUGUCCUCUAUGCCAAGGUCAUUGCCCUUAGUGGGCUCAGAUUUAGGACCAGGUAGUUAUAAUUUUGAAAGCUUCACAAAACAGCUUGAAAGGAAAGUGACCAGUCUACGUGGACCAUAUGAUCUUUUCUCAGGACAAAGAAAUAAGCCAAUCACCACUGGUCACUUGGCAGUACCAACGUGGCAUACACUUGGCCCUGGUCAAUAUGAUUUGAAAUCAUUCGUGGAUGACUGGGGAACUAUACAUAAGAAGAAACAUGGAAAGAUGGGCAAAGUGCAGCAGCACCCAGACAAACCAUCAGAGAGAAUACUAGUUUCUACCCUGUCACAAUGUCCAAAAGAAAUGGGUGCCCCUGGACCAGGAGCUUAUAAUGCUAAAGAAAUUUCCAAGCCUCAGGCUCACAAUUCCCCUGGCUUCCUGUCAUCUGCUAGGAGAGAUGACAGAAUGGCACAGAAAUUUUUCACACGAAACUUUAAUCCUGUUGGUGCAGGUCGUUAUGAUGUCCAGAAAUGGGAAGAGGCACAGCAUGUAAAUGGACAUGAGAGUGUAUUUAAAUCCAAGUCAGGAAAAAUAUCAUUGAAGAGGGAACAGUUCUUAAAGGAGAGGUUAAGAGCAAAAGAUGUCCCUUUUAAGGAGAGAGUAUUUAUCAUACCGCCAGAGAAGCCAGACGAUUACAUGACCAAAACAGAUAUGCACAUGCAGUUUUCAAAAAAGAAGGCAGUAACUGUUGCAUAAGCUGUGGGACUGUUCACAGUCCAAAUACUGUUAAAUGUAUUGAUGGGGCGGAUAGCCAUU